UGACUGGUAUUUACUACUACUGUCAGACAGUUAUUUGCGAGUGAAACCACUUUGCCCGGUCGAGAUUCUAGAGGGAGUCUGAGGGGCUGAGGAUGACUUCGUUCUCGACGUCGACGAGUCCGCAGUGGGACAACCGACACAGAGGCUUCAUUUCACCGUCUGAACUGCAGCAGCUCAGACGGGAGAGCCCAGGAAGACCAGAUCACUUCCACGACCUGCCUGCACGACACCCUCAGCCAGCCUCAGCCUCAGCCUCUCCACCCACCGACAACACGCAGUCAUACCCACAUCCACAGCCUCCGCCUCUGCAGACUAACAGCAGUACUACAGCAGACCCACAACCACAACCACAACCGCAACCACGACCACGACCAGCCAUGCCUCCAUCCUCCCAGUCCCAUGCUAGAACUUCUUCCUUCUUUUCAUUUCGAAACAGGCCCUCCUCUCAGGGUCACCAACACCACGACCCGGCGUCAGCAUCCUCGUCCCAACAACCUCCCCCCGUUCCACCCAACAACCAGCGUCCCAUCACCGCAAACGGCGCAACACCGACAGACUUUGGUCCACCACCACCCCCUCAAAUGGGCCAGUCAAAGUCUGUGGGUCCCGGCCGACCUUCGUUGGAUCAACACUUAGACCAACCACAACAGCAGAACUCUUUGCGCAGGUCCUCCGUCGGUCAACCCUCUUCUUCCCAGUUACAUUCCGAAAUACGCUCCGUCGUUCAACUCACUGUCGCCCAUGCACGCAAGAUCUACUUCUCUGGCCCCCUCACCAAGCGGGUAGAGAGAUUGCCAGACGGACAGAGACCAAUCAAGGACGACGGCUGGGUCGACGUCUGGGCUCAAUUGGGUGGCACUACCCUAAGUAUAUGGGACAUGCGAGAGGUGCAAGAGGCUAAUAGGCAAGGCAAGGAGGUCCCUCCCACUUACUUCAACGUAACAGACGCAUUCGUACAAGUACUUGGCGCAGUGAUAGGUCCCGCCGCUGGUGACCAACCUGCGAAAAAAUAUAUGAACGUGCUUACGCUUAACACUGCGGGAUCAAACCUCGUUCUAUUCAGUUGUCCCGACAGUGACGCUUUGAUAUCCUGGGCGAGCGCGUUCAGGCUAGCUGCUUGGGAAAAAUCGCGUCUCGAAGAAAUAUACUCUGCUCACUUGAUUCGAAUCACUUUACCACAUGGCAAAGAUACACCAUCCACCUUGGUUCGUGGUCGCAUGGAAGGAUGGGUCCGAAUUCGCGUUGCUGGGCAGACGGACUGGAAGCGCAUGUGGAUGGUAGUCUCUGCUGGUUCAGAAUCGUUUUCAGACCUUGCUCGCUCGUCCACCAACGAUGGUAGUGGUCGUCCAGGUCCUGUGGAAGCACCACGCAAAAAGCGUAUGUCAAAUCUCUUCUCUCGAGAUCAUCAGGACGAACCCUUGCCUCCUCGACCUCUGCUGUCUCUCUUCGCGUCACCCAAGUCCAAGGACAAGAAACAGCCACUUCUCACUCUGAAGGAAAUGAGUCAGGCGUUCGCAGUAUAUCCCGAGCGCCCAGAGUUGAUCAGCCGAAGCACGUUGAUGAAGUUGGAAGGUUAUCUUGGCGAAGAGGAGACGGCGGGGAGUAUGCGAAAUAGGCAAGGCUGGUUGCUGGUCAUGCCGGAACUGGAGUUUGGAAACACUCAACCAUCGGAAAUGCUUAAGUGGCUUGUUGCGAUACACGACGCGUUCGCACUUUAUGGUCGACCCAAGGCAUACACGUGGGAUCCUCGGGACCCCGUUUCAAUGUUGUUUGCUUAUCCAGUUGGUCCUGGAAGAGAUCUGCUUUUCUUGGAACGUGAACUUGUGGAAACGAUGAAUCCAAGGGAGGACCGUACAUCUGCUAUCCGAUCCCGACUUCUAGGCAUUCUAGCCGAGCGUGCGGGCAGCAUUGCGCCGUUGGCUAGGCAAGACAGACCACCUGCCUUACCUUCUAUUACUCCGUCCGCCGGCCCGCUAUCGCCGCAGCAACCACCAGGUCAGGCUCAUGGAGAGGCAUUUCGACUACCUCAGCUACCGGCCCUCAGCUUCGACUCCGCCUCAUCGCAGGCUCCGGCUCCACCUGCAAACCGUUCUCCGGUACAAGAACUUGCCACGACGCGUGUGUUAUCUCCGAUCGCGGAGGGGCCACACACUCCAUCGUUGUCUGGUGAAACGAGAACACUCACCCACAGCUACUCAGCUUCUGAUGAGAACCAACCCCUGUCAUCCCUGGGUACCUCACUGGCUGUGGUGCCAGAGGGUGGAGAAAGAGAGUUUGGGUUACCUCCCUCUACGAGUCCCCCUACGAGUAUGGGAGCUCGCAAAGUCAGCACCGACUCGCUGAAGAAAAUAUCAAACUCACGACCUGAUUCGAAGCUCUCGCCCACCGGAGAGAUCACGCGAACGAAGUCGGAAACUACGAUGUCAAGUGGUGGAGUAGAAACCAUGGGUAUCAAGCUCCCCUUCUCCCCACCAACCUCACCCGAGGUUCCGUCAUUCUCGACUACGCCGACGACGCAUGGCUCGGCGGUCGGUAGACAAGGUUCGCCAUACAGCGCCUCCGGGGUGGCAGGUCCAGGAUCAGGAGCAUCUCCUAUUGUUUCUGGCCGAGCGAAAUCUCCUGUCCCGUCUACAUUCUCAUUACUGACGUCACCGCAUUCCACCCUGGAAAAGGACUUGCCCUCCAUACAGGCUGUCCAGGCCCAGGCUCAGGAGACGCCCCAGCGAGUGUCGUCGCCGUCGCCGAGAUCGCUGGGGCGCAGCGUACCUGUUGGAGUCCCACCAGUACCCGAUAAACCAGUAUCACCCUCCCCCAUGCCCCAACAGCAAGUUCCUGUGCCUCCUGCUAAACCGGCCCCUGUCCAGGAAGCACAAAACGAAACCGAUUUCUCAGCCGCUCUCUUCUAUAUGCAGCAAUUUGAGGAAAAAAAGGCUCCGCCGCGUCGUGUCCCCACAACGAUCUCCGAGAAUUCCGAAACGUCCCCGUCAGAGGAGGAGGGUGUGCAGCCAAGUUCGCAACAACACUCCAUGACCAGUCUUUUCCCGGCUACGCGGCGCGGUCCGACAGGUGACGGCUCCAUAGCCGGCGUACGGCCUCCAUUAGGACGUAAGCCGUCCGGCGCACGUGCUCAGCCGCCGACGAGCAGCCGACCGCCAAAUCCGGACGCAUCCUCUCAGUCCACACCUUCACCACAGUCGCAGCACGUUCACAGGAGCGACCUCGACGCGAUGCCCGACAACUCCAAGGCCGCUGCGAGUCACGCUGACGACGUGAAUGCCGAUGCACUUGCUGCGCUUUCAUUCCUUGACAGUAUUCCAUCCACUGCACCGCCGUCGCAGACGGCCGUGGCAACAGCAAAACCCGUGCCGUCGCCUCCACCCCGUCGGCUCGAAUCGCCACAGCGUUCAGAUAGUAACACGCCUCCAGUAAGCUCAGAAAAUGUUUCACAGUACAGAUCAUCGUUUGCACUUUCGAAGCAAGCUGCAGAGCGCAAGGCACGGUUGCAAGCACAGCAAGCUGCACACCAGGCUGCUGUGAACAGGCCUGGGAGGGCCAAUGGGAAACGUUCUGUUUCUGGUCCAAGGUCAUCAGGGUGGAAUGAAAGCAGUGAUGAGGAAGAGGAGGACGAUGAAGAGGACGAUUCCGACGCGGAUUCCGACGAAGAACCAUCAACGGCGGAUAACAAGCGGUCUUCCCAGGCACAUGUGCCUGCUCCGGUUUCCGCUCCCAUACCGACGACACCUGUUCGCCCGCUUCGUCCUCGCAGUCGCGACACGUCACCCGCAGAAACUGCGACCGAUGCCAAUCUAUAUGUUCAGUUACGGCACCCUCGCAAUCUUCCACCAGUACCCCGACCUCAAACGCAAGGGCCUUCCGGGAUGGCGGACGAAAACUUGAGUGGUCCUCCGAGGCGUAUUGUCAGCGAGCAGCGCGUGCGCACACCCGACGAACCUAUCCUUAUUCGUUCGCAAUCUGACUACCCCCAAUUGCCCGCGCAACGCCAGAGUAUUUGGACACAAGUUCUGGAGCCAGGUCGGCAGCCGGGCGCAAAUCCAUUGCCGGAACCCCCUCCACCGCCCCAAAGAGAUACUUUUGUGCAGCUCGAGCCUGCUUCGGUGAGCAUGACGAAGGCGUUCACGCCCCACGGGCUACUUUCUGCGGGUAUGCAGGACAAGCAAGACCGGUCUGCGAAACGUCAAGAGGAGCUUGCCCGUGAGACUGGGGCAUCCCUUAUCAACGUCCCUAACAAGCCGCCUCCUCCUCAGACAGGUCUACUUGGUGCUAUCACUGCGCACGAGCGCGAACGCAAGCGUGAAGGUGGUGUCGGGGCAGCACUGACUGAACGGGAACGCGAAAAGAGGCUUGCAGAGGAUAGGCAGCGCAAGCUGGAUGACUACCAACGUCAGCAACUGGAGAUGGCGCAAUCUGGUGUGUUUGGCGGUCAGCCUUUCGGGGGCUUCAACCCCAUGGUGGCGAACCCCAUGAUGAUGGGCAUGAACCCGAUGAUGACUGGAAAUCCGAUGAUGCCUGCUCCGAACCCGAUGAUGACGGGUGGAUUCAUGGGCUACCCGAACAUGAUGCCGGGAUACGGUGCUCAACAUUACAUGUAUGCACAGCAAGCUGCUCAAGCCGCAUACCAACAAGCGAUGAUGGCAUUCUCAGCUGCCGGGUCCCAUACUCCUGAUGGAAUGCAUGGUGGAGCUUCGCCCAUGACUCCGAUGGUGGCAGGAGGAGGGAUGGGCUUUGAUCCUCGUAUGUCGAUGAUGGGAAUGCCCAUGAUGAACCCAUCGAUGGGGAUGGGCGGUAUGGGAAUACCUAUGGGUGGUAUGGGACCCCUGGGAAUGCAAAUGACGGGUGGUUCUGCCUUCGACCCUCGCUUUUCUACUGCGGGUUUGGAUGAAAUUCUACGUCCGCCUGGUCCACCUGGUGGACAGCAAGGUCCUGGUCAAAAUUCCUCCAGAAACAGUUCAACUGGGCAGGGAUCUCCUGCUGGUUCCCGACCCAUUGACGCCGCAGAUCGCGUUCGCGACAGUCCCAAAAGUUGAAAAUUUUGAACCUGCCAAUGUCGUACUACCUCUACUUCUUGCAACACAACACAUGGACAACUAGGCUAUGCUAGUGCUUCAUGAUGAUGGCUCAACUUUCUUUCUUGUUUGGUGUUUGUGUUUUUUGUGCUCUUUGGAUUGAUCAGCCUUGCUUCCCCUAUAUCUGUUCGUUGCAUGAUUAUGACCCUUUCUCGUGACCUCAUGGCUAUGCACGUACGGUGGCUUUUCAGAAUCUGUUCUUACAACCCAGAUCCUUUACUACUACACAGCACCGAGAUAACAUACGUAUGCUCGUUCGACCAGCCGUACUUACAUAGUUUCACGUGCUCUAAUGUGAUUCCGAUUGCCGAC